AGAGAAGUAAACUGUUAUUACCGUUGUUAUCCAGACCGCAGCAGAUUUCACAGUUUGAAUAAAAUAUGUGAUAGUUGUUCUGGCUGCAUCGUCACUCGAGCAGUUUAACCGUUGAACAACAUGGCGGACGUCGUGUCGGCUUCGAGGAGCCAGAAGAUGAGUUGAUCUGCAGCUAAACGAGCUCGAAAAUGGCAACAUACAACGCCGAAGUCGCAGCAGGACACUCUGUUGUGGUGGAGGUGAGCCCAGACAUCCACAUCUGCGGCUUCUGCAAGCAGCAGUAUAAUAAUUUUGAGGUCUUCCUCGCCCAUAAGCAAAAUGGAUGCUCCUUACCCACCUCUGACACAGCAGCCACCACUGCGACAGCCACUCUCGCAGAUUCCAGCACUGAGUUUGUUUUCGAGGAAACGUACCAGACCUGUGUUAUGAGGGGUGUCAAAAAGAUCCUGACCAAAGCACAGAAAACACCCUCCAAAAAAUUAAAACCUGCCCUGACUUCAAAGAGACACACCUGCUGUUUCUCAGGAUGCACUUUUAAGACGCAGUACGGCCAAAAAGACAUGGAGCGGCAUCUCAAAACCCACACAGGUGAGAAGCCGUUCGAGUGCGAGCUGUGCCACAAGCGCUUCAGUCGCAGGGACAAGCUCAACAUGCACAGCCGCUCGCACACAGGCGAGAAGCCGCACAAGUGCAAACACUGUCCCUAUGCAGCCGCAGACAGCAGCAGUCUGAAGAAGCACCUGCGCAUCCACUAUGAUGAGCGGCCUUUUAAAUGCCAGAUCUGUCCUUACGCCAGCCGCAACUCCAGCCAGCUCACCGUGCACCUCCGCUCGCACACUGGGGAUGCACCUUUCCAGUGCCAGCAGUGUGACGCAAAGUUCAAAAUCAACUCAGACCUGAAGAGGCACAUCCGGAUUCACUCCGGCGAGAAGCCGUACAAGUGCGACUUUUGUGAAUACCGCUGCGCCAUGAAGGGCAACCUGAAGUCUCACAUUCAGAUCAAACACGGCACGGAGAACUCCUUCCACUGUGUGCACUGCGAUUUCCAGUGUGCCAACAAGACUGCUCUGCGGCAACACGCGCGAGAGCACCAACCCACUCAGCCCAUCCAGUGUUCCAAGUGCACUUACUCCUGCUCCAGCAAGGGGGCGCUCAAAGUCCACGAGAGGAUCCACUCAGAGGAGCGCCCCUUUAAAUGUGACUUCUGCAACUUUGCCUCCAAGCAGCGCAGCAACCUCGUCAUCCACAAAAAGAAGUGCCACUCGGACAAGCCUGAAAAGGGCAGCGGUGGGAAAGGCGGCAGAGGUGGAGGGAAAGGCGGGGGAGGUGACUCGCCGAAGCCUGUCGGCUCCAGGUAUCGGGCCAAACUAGACGCGGCUCGAGCUUUCUGCUGUGACUCGUGCGACGCUUGCUUUGUGAGGGAAGACUCGCUGCGAAGCCACAAGAAGCAGCACAGAGACACUCAGAACGUGCUGCAGCUCCAGCUCUCCGCCCCGGCCGACGCCGUCAGCCUGGUUCCUGUCACGUCACACGGGAACACCCAGCUUGAAGUUCCCAUCCCGUCUGACUCGAUGGCUCCCUACAGCAGCGCACAGCUCAAAAUCAUCGUAUCGCACCCUCUGGGCCAGGAGAACCCCUUAAUUCCAGCUGGUAUGGAUAGUCAGAAUAAGACCAACAUGGUCCUGCUGAGCCCAGAAAGCCAGGACAUGGUUGUCAACUCCAUGAUCCAGCAGGUCAACCUGCUAGCGCCUAUGCAACCCCUCGUGACGCCCCAGGCUGCAGAAGCCGGUCUUGAAUCCCAGACGGUCCUGUUGACUCAGCUCAGCCCCGACGACGCCAACAACCCGCUCCACCAGGCCCUGCUGCAGACGGCCAUAACCGCUCAGGACUCCAGCAGCGGCUCGCAGACCUUCAUCACAACUUGCUCUGAACUGGAGGGCCUCAACGCCUUGAUCCAGGAGGGCGGCACAGAGGUUACUGUGGUGACAGAAGGCAACAUGGUGACCGCGACAGCUCCACCCGACGUGGUGUGUGGCCCAUCGGAGGACACGUCCAAGCCAGCGGGGACGGUUGCGGUCGAGGACAGUGCCUUGCCUUGUGAGGAAAGUGCGUUACUGGUGCCAAACAUCAGCCUGGGCAGCCAGAACGUGGUCAUCCACGGCGUUCCGUUGAUAGCGUCCGCUCAGCCGCAGCAGAGUGCAAUAGAGCAGCUCUCUCCUCACACACUGUACGCAGAUUCACACACACUGGAAGGCAUCCCGCCAUGAGCCGAGGGUUCGCCGUGUUUUUGUGAAAAUGGAAAGACUGUAACUGCAUCAUAAGCUAUUUCUUUGCCAGCGACAACUCGUAGGCCUAAAGGUUACGUCUGUGCAGGCCAUUCAUAGCAACAGCUUUUGUUUCUAGCAAGUUAAUCGUGAACCACUGAGGCAACAGUCCUGGUGGCAUUGGACACAUAAUUGUUUUCAGAUUUUAGAAUAAUUAAAUGUUGUCGUAGCACAAUAGUUCUAGCUAGAAUGUCAUCAUGUUUAACAUAACUUUUGAAUGUGAAAGUUAAUCAUUUGGACAUAAUUUCAUACCCUCUGUUUUCAUGUGUCAUUUUUGGAGGUAUGAGAAUUAAACCUUAUUUUAAAGUGAAUUACCUGAGUGAGUUUUCUAAUUAAAAUGAGGUUUACUUCCAGGCAGAA